CUCCUGACUUGUGCCCAGCUGUUUGACGAUGUAUGUUUACCGGCUAUUAUGGCGUAACGAUAUUUUUUGAUAACUGAUCGGGACGAAGCAAUUAAAAAGUCAUAGAAUCUAUAAAAAAUGACCAGAACCAGUGGUGUCGCACAAAGAAUAAUCAACUUACGGUUUCCUAGAGAACAUCGUUUUUACUCCACUGUGACCAAUCAACCAUCCCGUAGGCGAGUUGUGAUAACCGGCACUGGCGCAGUUAGCCCUCUAGCGCAUAAUGUACCGGAAGCUUGGUCACGUAUCGUAGCUGGCGAAUCUGCCAUCUCAAAGCUAAGUGAUCAAUUCAAAGGUUUACCAUGUCAAGUAGCAGCCCAAGUUCUACGAGACCAGUUGCCGACCGAAAAAUAUUUUAGUAAAAGCGAUUUAAAAAUAAUGAGCACGGCAACACAAUUCGCAAUAAUUGCAUCUGAAGAGGCGCUAUCUAGUGCCAAACUACAACCUAAUGAAUUAACAGCAGAACAACGUGAACGAUUUGGUGUCUGCGUUGGCAUGGGUAUGUUUGAUCUGACAGAAGUAUAUGGAGCUUGGCAACAAUUGCAACGAGGUUAUAAUCGUGUCAGUCCAUUUUUUGUGCCUCGUCUUCUUCCCAAUAUGGCAUGUGGGCAUAUAAGUAUGCGAUAUGGUUUACGUGGUCCAAACCACUCGGUUUCGACGGCAUGCGCAACAGGAGCUCAUGCAAUUGGUGAUGCAUUACGCUUCAUACGCGACGGAGAUGCUGAUAUAAUUUUGGCUGGAAGUGGUGAAGCUUGCAUAGAUCCGCUUGCUAUAGCUGGAUUUUGUCGUUUACGUGCGCUCAGUACAACACAUAAUGAUGCACCUACGGCAUCAUCGCGGCCAUUUGAUAAAAAACGUGAUGGUUUUGUGAUGGGUGAAGGUGCAGCUAUACUCGUACUCGAAGAAUUAGAACAUGCACGUAAGCGUGGUGCACCAAUAUUAGCUGAACUACUGGGUUAUGGCUUGUCCGGCGAUGCUUACCAUAUUACAUCACCUAGUGAAGAUGGCACAGGUGCCACUUUAGCAAUGCAACGUGCUAUAACGGAUGCAAGAAUAUUGCCUACAGAUAUAACCUAUGUCAAUGCACACGCCACAUCCACACCAACAGGUGACCGCAUUGAAGCACACGCUAUAGAAAGAGUUUUCGGUGGACAUGUAUCGCAAGUGCGUGUGUCAUCAACAAAAGGUGCACAUGGUCAUUUGCUUGGCGCUUCAGGAAAUUUAGAGACUGUCUUUGUUGUGCAGGCAUGUGUGGACAACAAACUGCCGCCUUCUAUUAAUAUUGAGAACUUGGAUGAAGACAUCAAAGUGUCAAUAGUGCAAAAUAAAUCGGAGCAAUGGUGCAAUAGUGCUGAGGUGUCGCGCAUAGCCCUUAAGAAUUCAUUUGGUUUCGGUGGAACAAAUGCGUCACUUUGUAUUGGAGAAUAUCGUGAAUAAA